CAGACCACAAACAGCAUGUAUAACAAAACCCUACUGCAGCACGUGGUACCCCAGUCUCUCCUGGCCUGGCAAAGAGUCCGGGUGGCCAAUAUGAUGGCAAACGGAGGCAAGCAGUGGGCAGAGGUCUUUUCAAAAUAUAACUCUGGCACGUAUAACAAUCAGUACAUGGUCCUGGACCUGAAGAAGGUAAAUCUGAACUACAGCCUUGAUAAAGGCACUCUGUACAUUGUGGAGCAAAUUCCGACAUAUGUAGAAUAUUCUGAACAAACCGACGUUCUGCGGACAGGAUACUGGCCCUCCUACAACAUUCCUUUCCAUGAAAAAAUCUACAACUGGAGUGGCUAUCCAAUGUUGGUUAAGAAGCUGGGUUUGGACUACUCUUAUGAUCUGGCUUCACGAGCCAAAAUCUUCCGGCAUGACCAAGGGAAAGUGACUGAUAUGGAGUCCAUGAAAUAUAUCAUGCGAUACAACAAUUACAAGAACGAUACUUACAGUAAAGGUGAUCCCUGCAAUACCACCUGCUGCCGUGAGGACCUGAACUCACUUAAUCCAAGUCCUGGAGGUUGCUAUGACACCAAGGUGGCAGAUAUCUACCUGGCAUCCAAGUACACAGCCUAUGCCAUUAGUGGGCCCACAGUACAAGGUGGCCUCCCUGUUUUUCACUGGAGCCGUUUCAACAAAACUCUCCAUGAGGGCAUGCCAGAGGCCUACAACUUUGAUUUUAUUACCAUGAAACCAAUUCUGUAA